UGCCGCUAAUAUUCCUCAUUGAACAUGAGGGGUGCGCUUGUUCCUAUGCGAAACGACCAAGAACGGAGUGCUUCGUAUAAUGAAGGACCGGUCUUAAAUUGACCCUUCCCUCUAAUUUAAACUUAUUAGCGACGAAGACAGUCACCAGCGUCCACAAGCCGCGCCGCCGUCCAGGGUCCUGCUUCGGCGUCUUCCUUCUGCGGUUGUCCGACUCCGACUCUUCCUCCAGUUCCAGACUUCCAGCACUGCGUGUCUGUUGGGGGUGAAUCAGUGAGAAAUGUCUUCCUCAAACGUUCUGCGGGAAAUGCAACGCGACCUCGAGAGCAAAGCGAACGAUCUUAGCCAAAUUCAAAAAGAUAUAGCCAAGAACCAUCAAGUCCGAAAGAAAUACACCAUUCAACUAGGUGAAAACGAGCUCGUCCUCAAGGAGUUGGAUCUCUUGAAUGAAGACGCCAAUGUGUACAAACUGAUUGGGCCAGUUCUGGUGAAGCAGGACCUGGCAGAGGCUAGCGCCAAUGUCAAGAAGCGAAUUGAUUACAUCUCAGCCGAAUUGAAGCGUUUGGAUGCCACUCUUCAAGAUUUAGAAGAAAAGCAGCACAGCAAGAAAGAAAUGAUCUUUAAAUUACAACAGAGAAUUCAAUCCUCCCAGGCAGGAAAGGUCAAAGCUUAAUGUACAUGAAUGUGAUGUCUCUCAGCGGUGCAAAGUGAUGUGAUCUGUGUUUUUUUUUUUUUUGAGAAUUUCAAAAGUUUGUGGAGCCUCAGUGUGGGAGUUUAUUGUGGUUUUCGUUUUGUGGAACAAAAAAGCAGUUCUAGAUAAUCUUUUUAGAUAAUCUGUUCUUGAAUGAAUCACUCAUUUUAAUUUUUGGGAUAAUAUUAUGGAAGUAUAAGUUCAUGAAAUUGUGUGUUUAAGCAUUGGUAUUGGAAAAGUAGUUAUAGAGA